AUGCCGGUCAGGAAGCCCAGCAGAUAUGGCUCCAAUGUCCGACUGGCGAAGAAUUCCACUCGAAACCCUCGGACGAAGACGAUAGACUCUACCUCACUUCGUGACACGGAAGCAACGUCUCAAGAUGAGAAAAUACAGGCGAUUCGGCUGGCAAACACCAUUGAUGAGUCUAUGGGCUUCCCCAGGUACGACUCCGGGAAGAAAAAAGUUGGAUGGCUGUACAACAUGCACAGUACAACAAUGGAAGACUCCAAAGUGCCCGGAGGAAGAGCAGGUGUGGACUUCUACUUUAUUGGCGACGAUGGCGAAAAUUUCAAGGCAACGGUCGAGUACGACCCAUAUUUCUUGCUCGCGGUCAAGCGAGGAAGGGAGGCCGAGGUCGAGGAAUGGUGCAAGAGAAUGUUUGAGGGUCUCGUGAAGUCUGUCGCUCGAGUCAUCAAAGAGGACCUGCAAAUGCCCAACCACUUGCUAGGCUACAAACGCACAUUUCUACAACUGACCUUUGCCAACGUCUCCGAUCUGCUCGCAGUGCGAAAGACGGUUAUGCCAAUCGCCGAGAAGAACAAAGAGAAGGUCAAUGCCAUGGAUACCUACGCAGAAGUGGCCAGUGCAACUGCGGGGUUUGAUGCCUACGACGAAGAAGAACUCAACGGCAACCGUGCCCACGGCAUCGCCGAAGCCAGCGACUUCAUCGUCGAUAUCCGCGAGUACGACGUGCCCUACCAUGUCCGAGUGACAAUCGACAAGGACAUACGGAUCGGAAAGUGGUAUACUGUGGAAGCAAAACACGGCUCAGUCAAUCUAACAUGUCUGGAGGAGCGUCUGCAACGUGCCGACCCUGUUGUGCUUGCAUUCGAUAUCGAAACCACGAAACUGCCGCUAAAAUUCCCGGAUUCGGUCAUUGACCAAGUAAUGAUGAUUUCCUACAUGAUCGAUGGCCAGGGUUUCCUCAUCACCAACAGAGAGAUAGUCUCGGAGGACAUUGCAGAUUUUGACUACACGCCAAAGGAAGAAUACGAAGGCCCUUUCAUGAUCUUCAACGAACCCAACGAACGAGCAGUCAUCGAGCGGUUUUUUUGUCACGUCAAGGAGGCCCGCCCCAAUGUGAUAGCGACCUACAACGGUGACUUCUUCGACUGGCCCUUCAUCGAAGCAAGAGCCAGCGUAUUGGGCAUCGACAUGUACUCGGAAAUUGGAUUCCGAAGGAACAGCGAAGACAUCUACCAGAGCGACUACUGCGUACACAUGGAUUGUUUCGCCUGGGUCAAUCGAGACAGUUACUUGCCUCAAGGGAGCCGCGGUUUGAAAGCUGUCACUGUUGCUAAGCUGGGCUACGAUCCAGACGAGCUAGAUCCUGAACUGAUGACGCCCUAUGCCCGUGAACAUCCACAAAUUUUGGCAGAAUACUCCGUUUCGGAUGCUGUCGCCACCUACUACUUGUACAUGAAAUAUGUUCAUCCCUUCAUAUUCUCACUCUGCACUAUCCUUCCUCUCAACCCCGACGACACUCUGCGCAAGGGCACAGGGACUCUCUGCGAGAUGUUGCUCAUGGUGCAAGCAUACCAAAAGAAGAUUGUUCUGCCCAAUAAACACAAAGAACCGAGAGAAGCAUUCUGGGAAGGUCACCUGCUCGAGUCAGAGACAUAUGUUGGUGGACACGUCGAGAGUAUCGAGGCUGGUGUAUUCCGUGCGGACAUCCCGGUCAACUUUGCUAUCGACCCAACCGCCAUUGAUGAGCUUCUGCAAGACCUUGAUGCAGCUUUGAAGUUUUGCAUAACAGUCGAAGAGAAGAAAUCUCUUGAUGACGUUACGAAUUAUGAUGAAGUACGGACUCAAAUGUGCGAGAAGUUGAUCAGUUUGAAAAGCACGCCAAACAGAAAUGAACGUCCACUAAUCUAUCACCUGGAUGUCGCUUCUAUGUAUCCCAAUAUUAUGACGACAAAUAGGCUGCAACCUGACUCUAUGAUUUCUGAGUCAGAUUGUGCGGCUUGCGACUUCAAUCGGCCGGGCAAGACUUGCGAUCGACGAUUACCAUGGGCGUGGAGAGGAGAGUUCUUGCCUACGAAACGAGACGAGUACAACAUGAUACGAAGAGCGGUGGCAAACGAGACUUUCCCAGGAAAAACUGCAAAGUCGCUAAGAAGGACAUUCCAGGAGUUGAGCCUAGAUGAACAGGCUGCGGUGGUGCGAAAAAGACUACAGGAAUAUUCAAAAAAGAUCUACCACAAGAUUCACGAUUCGAAGACCAUCGAGCGAGAAGCGAUCAUCUGCCAACGAGAAAACCCCUUCUACGUGGAUACAGUUCGAGACUUCCGAGACAGGCGUUACGAUUUCAAAGGGAAGCAGAAGGUAUGGAAAGGGAAGACGGAGGCUUUGAAAUCGUCGGGAGCUUCGGCCAUCGAAGUCGAAGAGGCGAAGAAGAUGAUUGUGCUCUUUGACUCCCUGCAAUUGGCACACAAAGUCAUCCUGAAUUCCUUCUACGGCUAUGUGAUGCGGAAAGGCUCCAGAUGGUAUUCUAUGGAGAUGGCGGGUGUCACAUGUCUUACAGGUGCUCACAUCAUUCAAAUGGCCCGAGAACUCGUCGAACGCAUUGGCAGACCCUUGGAGCUGGAUACUGAUGGUAUCUGGUGUAUGCUCCCAGCCACAUUUCCCGAAAACGUCAUUUUCACCCUGAAGAAUGGGAAAAAGAUGGCAGUCUCGUAUCCUUGUGUCAUGCUCAACCACCUUGUUCACGCUCGAUAUACGAAUCAUCAAUACCAAACGCUCGUCGAUCCAGCUACGUUCAAGUACGAGACCCAUAGCGACAAUUCGAUCUUCUUUGAGGUGGACGGACCAUAUAAAGCAAUGAUCCUGCCUACUUCCAAGGAAGAAGACAAGAAUCUGAAAAAGCGUUAUGCAGUAUUCAAUCACGACGGCAGCCUUGCGGAGUUGAAAGGUUUCGAAGUCAAGCGAAGAGGAGAAUUGAAGCUCAUCAAAAUUUUUCAAACCCAGAUUUUCAAAUUCUUCUUGGAGGGCACCACUUUGGCUGAAACAUAUGCUGCUGUCGCUCGAGUCUCAAAUCGCUGGCUUGACGUGCUGCAUCAGCACGGUUCCACUCUGGCUGACGAAGAGCUGAUCGACUUGAUCUGCGAGAACAAGAGCAUGACCAAGACUCUCGAGGAAUAUGGCGCACAAAAGUCGACAUCCAUUACUACUGCGAAACGACUGGCUGAAUUCUUGGGUGAUCAAAUGACCAAGGACAAAGGUCUGAAUUGCAAAUACGUUAUCUCUGCGAAGCCGAGGAACACCCCUGUUACCGACAGAGCAAUUCCUGUGGCGAUAUUCUCGGCAGAAGAGAGCGUCAAGCGGUUCUUCCUGCGGAAAUGGAUGAAGGAGGAUCCGGCAGAUAUGGAUCCUCGAACGGUCAUCGACUGGGACUAUUACCUGGAGCGUCUGGGUUCUGUCAUCCAGAAACUCAUCACCAUUCCCGCCGCCCUACAGAAAAUCAGAAAUCCUGUACCUCGUGUUGCGCAUCCUGAAUGGCUGCAGAAGCGGAUCAUGGUGAUGGACGACAAAUUUAAACAGAAGAAAGUCACCGAUCAUUUUGAAAAGAAGCCACUUGGUGAAAGAUCGGUCAACCUCCUUGACCAUCGUCUGCCAGCCACUGGCGAUAUCGAAGAUGCUCUUGAAGCAGGCCUGAAGUCUAAAGUGCAGCUGACAAGAUCGGCAAAAAGAAAAUCCCCAGAGGCGCCAAAUCAAUCAAUCGUCGAUCCAUUUGCGAGCCUGCCUUCGGAUGCUCCUGUAAUAGGUGAAAACUAUAGUGGCUGGCUCCAACACCAAAAGCAGAAAUGGAAGAUCCAAAAGCAAGCCAGGGCGAGACGGCGUCAGCUUUUCGGAGAAAGACCGAAUGUCGCCACAGAUUCUAUCAGCAACUUCUUCCGAAAUCAAGCAGAGAUGCUGUACAUCAAUACCUGGCAUGUUCUUCAACUUCGCCAGGGAGAAUCUCCUGGCGAGGUUACGGCUUUCGUUGCCAUUGGGAAGAAGAUCCACGCUCUAAACAUCAAAGUACCACGCACGCUUUAUCUCAACUUGAAGGGUGACGAGCUACCCAACGUCGAAGUCCCUGGAUGUGAAGUCGAGAAGGUCAACCAUGUCCUGCCAAAUGGUCACCCAUCUGUCCAUCUAUUUCAGCUGACAAUGCCCGAGGACACUUACCUUCGAGAAGCGGAGUCCGUGUCAUUAUUGUGCAACCACGCCAGUGUCGAAGGAGUCUAUGAGCGCCAAUUGCCUCUCUUCAUGCGCGCCAUGCUCAAGUUGGGCAAUAUGUGUUCGUUUGACGAAACCCAGAAAGGCGUGCUCGGCAAAGGUCUAGAACAAGGCUUUGACCUAUCAGCACUGUUGAGGAGUAACUCGCAGUCGACUUAUCUGGAAGAUCCCAGCUCGUUCGGGUAUGUCUACGUCUAUCACGUCGCAGCAGGAGAUAGAAAUGUGUUUGCCAUGUUCUCGACAUCAAGAUCUGAGGCGCACAUAAUCGUACUCAGCCGUGGGCGAGAUGCUCAAUUACCGAAUGCCGAUAAAAUCUACAAUGAGCAAUAUCGCCAAAAGACUAAGGAACAGGCAUUAGUAGAAACGAUCUUCGAAUAUCAACCGAACCUACACUUCAAGCUCUCACAGGUGACGACAAGACGAAAGGCACAUAUUGAGAUCGGCGAUGUACUCAAGAAAUGGAGAUCCGAGGAAUCCAAGCCGACCAUGCUUCUGCUACAGUCCACUGCACAUAAGCAGCUCCUUCACGACAUCCGCAUUUUGCGGGAAUAUCCCAUCUUGUCACUGCCUACAGACCACGCAGAUGCCGAUCUGCCCCCUCUCGGCUGGCAAGGAUAUGCUUUCAAGCAGCUCAUUUCGCACUAUUUGAACGCGCAUGGCUGGCUGGCACACCUCCUUGAGCUUGCACGAUACGGUGAUCUGCCAUUGUGCAACCUGGAGAAAGACGAUCCUCGUUUCCUCAUUGAUCUGGCAUAUGCACGGCGUUUGAAGAAGAGUAAUGUCGUGCUGUGGUGGUCGGAUCAAGCGCGUCCAGAUCAUGCAGGCCACGAGCGUGACGAUGUCGUUGGCCCGUUGACAGAGGUCGUGGAGAUGCCGUCAAUCAAUACUCCAGGUGCUUAUACCUCGGCCUGCGUGGAUGUCUCCGUUCAGAACUUGACGAUCAAUACCAUCUUGACGUCCUCGAUUAUCAACGACCUUGAGGGAUCCGCAGAUUCUGUCGCGUUCAAUCCUGCCGCCGACGGAGAGUCAUGCAAUGCCAGCACAGAAAAGUCAAAUGGCGGAUUCGCUCAGGCCGCGCUAGAGGUCCUCCGAGAAAUGGUGAAGUCCUGGUGGGCCGAAGCUUGUCGUGGCAAUCGCCUUGCCGAUGUUAUGGUCCAACACCUGGUGCGCUGGGUCGAGGCUCCUGCAUCAUGUUUAUAUGACCGGCACCUCCAUUACUACGUGCAGAUGAUGUCGAAGAAAGCAAUGCAGCAGCUCAUCACAGAUUUUCGACGCGUGGGGUCCCAGGUUGUCUUCGCAAGUCCGACCAGAUUACUGCUGCAAACAUCUAAGCAAGAAGUCGAGAACGCGUACGCUUAUUCUCAGUACAUUCUGAAGUCGAUUCAGCAGAAACCGUUGUUCCAUUUCCUCGGGUUGGAGGUGAAGGACUACUGGGACGUGCUCAUAUGGUACGACGCGUACAACUACGGCGGCAAAGGCACGUCCGCGAUUACAGAAGAGACGACUAACUCGACCCUUGAGACCGUGGUACAUUGGCAACUCUCGCAAUUCCUCCCGCUGCCGUUGCAGCCUGUCUUUGACGACUGGGUGAUCACGUUCAUUGAGUUGAUGCAGAGUCUCAAGAGACCAGCUAGCGCGGCGGGUGCUUCUGACUCGUCUGCGCCUCGACCGACACAGUUACCCUCGGCAUUUAUCAGUCUGACUGAAGAUCCGACAAGCACGGAAGUAACGACAGUCUUGCAAGAUGACUUUUCGAAGCCCUUAAAGAAGCAGAUCACAGCUCUUAUACGGCGGCAGCGAGAGGAACUCCUCCAUCCUGAAUUGGCGAGCGACUGGACAUUCCCUAGCUUACCAGGUGGCACGCUGGAAUCCAGUGACCAUCGCCAUCCGCGCGAUCCGGUGCUCGAGCUGGUCAAGGCUUUGAUGCAGAUUGUUUCGUUGUCAAAGCCGCUGCAGUUAGAAGCAAGAUUGCUUAGAAAGGAGUUGCUGGCGCUGUUCGAUGUGCGCGAGUUUGGAAAGGAAGCGCGUUUCGAAAACCCAAGCGCGAGUCUGCGGAUCAACAACCUCGUUUGCGACACUUGCACAAUGACCCGGGAUCUGGACUUGUGUCGGGACGAGGAUGUCUUGCCUGAUCUGGCAAGCGGCGAGCAAGAUGGUGUCAAUAAGCCGUGGCGGUGCUUGAGCUGUCAGAGCGAGUAUGACAAGAUCGCGCUGGAGGAAGGUUUGAUUGCGCGCCUACAGGCUACUCUCCUCGGUUGGCAGGUGCAGGAUCUGAAGUGUAAGAAGUGUGGAACUUUGCAGGGCGAUGAUGCGAUGUUUGCUGAUCAUUGUGCGUGUGGAGGUGAGUGGGUUGGGGUUAUGGACCGAGCGGAGAUACGGGCGAACUUGAAGGUCAUGCAACGCGUGAGUUCGGCGUAUGGGUUGAGGAUGUUGGCGGGCGUUGUAGAGGGGAUCAAGGGCCUUUGUUUGAUGACUUGA